UCAAAUGUCAUUUGUCAAGAAAAUGGAGUUUUGUUACGCAUAAUAAAUUAUGUUUAAAAGUUCCAAUAUGAAAUCAAAUAUACAAAUCUUUGUAAAUUGUUUUGGUUAGAAUGGAUAGUUCAACUCCGUUUCAACCUUGGUCUAGUGACGAUAAUUCAAAGAAUGUUAAAUCUGAGCGAGAAUUAGUAGAUGACGCGAAACUUCAUCGGGAAAAUGUCAAUCAUCCAAAACAUAGGCAAACUGCGUCUUACAAUAAAGAAAGUGUCGUCGAUCCUAGCGUCGUUCCUGGACCAUCGAGUGCCACGGACACCGAUGUCCAUCCACUCGGCGGUAAGGAGUCAAAAAUGGACUCCAGCAAAAUAGCUUCCAUGCAACAAAUAGUCGAGAACACACUCAGUCAAGAGGGCCGUCAAAGAGUGUCACAAUUGUUGGAAGCUGUAGAGGGUCUCAGUGGUGCGGAGAGAUUGUUGCUUUAUCUCCGUCUACCAACCGGUGUACCUCCACACGAUCCCCUCAAACAGCCAGUCAAUCCGCUGGGCUCCAGAGCCGAACUACAGCAGACUGUAACGUGGAUACAAACACACUUGGAGGUUGAUCCUGACGUUUCGUUGCCAAAACAAGAUGUUUACGAUGAAUACAUAGCUCAUUGUAUGACCAGCAAUAUGAAACCACUAUCGACCGCUGAUUUCGGCAAAGUCAUGAAGCAGGUGUAUCCUAGUGUGCGCCCGCGCCGGUUGGGAACGCGCGGCAAUUCAAGAUACUGUUACGCUGGUCUCCGGAAGAAAGUUAAACUUGAAGUGCCACAGUUGCCAAAUUUGGGUGAAUCGACCAAGGAACCAAGUGUGCCUUCAAGAGAAAAUGAAAGAAUCAUUUGUGAUUGGGCUGAAUCUAAAUUGGGCGUUAAGUUCAUGAACAUAUCGGAGUUAUCUCGUCACCUGUUAAGCGCGAUGCGCGCCCCGCCCGGUCCGACCAGCGCCACACCGCCGCCGCAAACGCAUGGAUCUGAUGAACCACCGGGACCACAGUUAAUGAAACAACAGUUAAAAAGAAAGCUACAGACGCAGGGUACGGUGGGUCGACCGAAAAAGAACAAGGGGCAAGAAGUCGCCGGGGAAUCGCCGCCGUCCACUUCAUACGUAAGCCAUCCCACAGUGAAACAUGAGAGCGAACUGGUGCCCGAAUCGUACGGCUAUCAGCCGGCUUACAUGCCCGUUUAUGAUGUACGGCCGGCCUUUCCCUAUGCGGCGCCACCUCGUGCUCACCCCCCCCAUCCUCUUCCCCCACACCCUCAUCCCCCACCACCGCACCCGCCCGCCAUCCCAGUACACGAUUACCGGCCCGAUCCUUACGUCUUCGAACCGCCAUAUGCACCACGCGACCUUACUCUUCCGGACACGGCCCACAACGUACCGAUUAACCUCAGCAGUGAUGUUUCCCUCGACCUGUCCACCGAGCGCACAGAGUGGCAACGUCGCCGUCCCCCGGACCCUCCGGCUCCGACCGCCCGUCUUCCGCUGCCUGGGAAGAAGUUAAUCUUGGAGACGUAUCAGAGCGAGACUCAAGCUAGCUCCCCUCGCUCGUCACAAACUGACACGCGAGCCGUCCACCAGCCGCCAGAAGAAUUUCCGCGCACGGAAUACUUGCCUAAGAAGAUGCGUGCCGCUGAGAUACUGGGCGGUAAGUUGGCGGCACCGAGACAGGUCGCCGCUGCGGACGCGUCGACGUCAUCAUCGACAGGGGCGGAAUCGGCACGUUCCGAGGUUGCUUUUUUAAAGGAUCCAAAAAACUUAACGAACCGGUCCAAAAGCACCGCCGCGGCGCUGGCCCGGGAGGAACAGGAGGCGGCGAGUCCGACACGGUCGGUGAAGGCUCCGACGCCUAAACACAAUCGAACUAAACUGAGAAAGUCGUCACACAUGAGAACGAAGGGGUCGUCUCCGGAGAGGAACGAGCACGACCACUCCGCGGCGCCCGAUACCUGUUGUGGUAUUAAUGGCAUCAAUAUUAUUACGGGAAUGAUCUGUGGGGAAAAACAUUCUGAGAUACUGAACCGUGAACGAGUUAUUAGCAUCUGUAAUAUCGAUAAACACGAUUUAGACGAUUAUCUCAAUGAGGGCAAUAGCCAGGAACACGAGGAAGAAUUAAUGCAAUACUUCCAUCAUCGCGAUGGUGACACAGAUAUACCAGCAAAAUCUAAUCAGAACGAAAAUACGACUUUUUUAGAAACAAGUCAGGACCCACACGACGAACAUAGUCAAGGGAAAAGUGAAAAAAUAUCGCAACUGCGAGAACUAUUAGCUAAGAAUUUGAAAAGUGGGUCCAAUACACAGAAUUUAUUAUUAAAUCAAGAAAAACAAACUCCGAUUAAUAAUAAUCACGAAACACAUGUUAAUAAGAGUUCAAUAUCGGACGGAGCAUUUAGGCCACUAAGCAACGUUAUGGAAAUGAUAAACGGUUCCAAUGGCUCAAACGAAAAUGAAAAUAAUGUAAGGAAAAAAUGUGAUAAUAUUCCAAGUGAAAACGGAAUUUCCGCUUGUGCCCCAGAGAAUUCACACACUCAGGUGAUGACAACAGCGACUGGUUCUCAUCUUUACAAUGGUAACAGUCAUACGGAACCACAAAGUCCAACUACUAGAACACAACAAUACGAUUUCGUACCUAUAUCCGAUGGAUGUCAUUCUCCUGGGAAUUUUAAUUCAAAGUCUCCUUUAGGUUUUGGACAACGAGGGCACAGUCCAACUAAAACGAAUAAACCUAUUAUAAUGGGUGGUUCCUUGCAAACAUCUCCUAUUUCACAUAGCAUGGCAGCAAGUCCUUUUGUCAGUCCAAGAAAUACUCCGGUGCCAAGGUCACGCUAUUGUUCUAGACCAAUACCUAAACACAACAAUAGAAAGAGACGUACCAUUUUGUCACUCGGUGUAAAUGAGACUGGCACUAAACAAUUCGCAAUACCAAAUGAUCAGAAAUUCCUGCCGAAGUCUUCUUUGGGUGGGCAGAAUAUAAAAUAUUGCCAACCAAUGUCAGCACCUCCAUCGCCCAACCUCCUACCACACUUUAAACAACAAAUGAUACAAAAUUCCGUUAUACCAAAUGGCACCAGUAAUAUGUGCUUUGUGUCAAAUACGUUUCGAGAGAAUGUUAAUGGUGAAAUGCCACAACCAUUAUCAGCAGAUCCGUUGUCCAGUGAAGUGAGUCAAUUUUUUCAGGAGCCUGUAACGGGUUAUAGAAUAGCUCACGACACAUCUUUUAGGUCACAAUCGGUACCAUUGAAACAGGCAACCAUAAACAUUGGCUUGUUGAGCUACAACAAUACACCAGUCGGUUCCGUCCCACCUACACCAGUACCGAAUGAGUUUUGCGAUUUUGGUUCUUUAGCUGACACAUGUGAUAUAUCUAGGGCAGGACUCAAUCCUGAGACUCUAGAUAAAAUAUACGACGCUAUUGAUAGCAGCAAUGACGUACUUAACGGUGGCACGAGUAAUAACAUAUUAAACUCCAGCGACACCCUAACUAACGGUUGUGAUCCUUUACCCGAACAACAAAUUCUGAUAGAUGAACAGUUAAGUUCACUUAUACCUAGCGGGGAAGAAUUGCUCGAUAGGAGCUCCCUUAUGGCCAGCGGAGAAGACUUACUCGAAAGGGGUGAACAAUUCAAUGAGUCGUUUCCCAAUGACUCGACGGCUUCAGAGAAUGUGGAAGAGUUCUUGAAACGUACAAACAGCAUAGAAUUUGAUUUAUCUGAUUUGGUAACAGAAAAAAAUAAAUACUACGCAUCACGUUCCGUACCAAGUACGCCAUUGCCUUAUAAGCGAACGGCUUCGAACUUACAAAUAGAUCCACGGCACGCUAGAGAUCUCUUCGCUUCCGAAAAUUAUUCCAGUGUAUCGAACGGUAUAUCUUCAAAAUCCGUGCCAUCUACACCACAAUUAGCGGAAGAUCGCAGUGUUUUUAGUUACACCAACAGAGACUUUCUCAUUAACGGAAACUCGGUUGACAUGUGCUCUAAUCAGAUUAGGCAACCGGUUGAAAAUGACCAAGCCUUGACGUCCCCACUUGACGAAAUACUAGGUCCUCUAACGCCAGCCGCAGAUCUAUUGGCUGACCUCGACAAAAUAGAUACUGCUCCAUAUGUUGACCUCUAGUCGGCAAAUCGUUAUCACCAGUUAGAAAUAAGGUUAGCUUCAUUUUUGUACAGCCUGAUAUCACGUAUUGGAUAUCUUAUAGAGUACAAUGUUUUAUAUGCCUUCAGUGAAGGCAACAAUUAUUAUUGCAGCAUAUAGUUCGAAGAAGUAUCGCACACUCCCAUAUAUUUGAGUCAAUACAAUGCACCACAAUGAUGUGAUAGAAAUGUUUUUUAGCGAAGUGAUAUCUCCAUUUUACUAGACUAAGUAAAAAACAAUGAGAUUUUUUUCUUUUAAAAUUUAUAUCACUAAUUAAGUACGAUUCGAAAGCAGUAAUUUUCUGUAGGCCUAUGAUAGAAUUUGUAUUUAAAUUAAUAUUGGAAAUCUCAAAUUCUAAAUAGAAACAUCGUAAUAUGAAGGUAGUUUUCAUUUUAGUUGUCGGGGCCAAAUUUAAUACUUGAAUCGGUAGAGUUCGUGCUUCAUGACAAUAUGUAAGCUCAUUGUAUAAUAAUGUUACACAUCGAAAUUUUGAUACUUAAUGUAUGUAGUGUUUAAUAGUUUUAUUAAAACGUAAAUCGCUAGCUGAUGUAUACCUUCUGGAUAAUAUAAUUAGCUACGUGGAUAUAAUUAAGCAGACCAAUCCGUCACGCAAAGCGUGCAACGCGAUCUAUAAAUAAUUGGUUUUCUUAAGAAGAAUGUAUAUUAGUAUAUAGUUUAUAAAAAAUGAAUUUAUUGUAAGUCAGCACAAAGAUUUUAAUAUAUUUUAUUAUCGAAUAGGAGUUAUUCUCUUAUACGCUAAAUUUAUAAAAUCGCAUCUGAUGUGAUGAUGAGUUAUAACACGCCCUAUACGGCCGCAGUGAGCUUAUGUGAAUACCACAUUGAAAAUUAUUAUAAUAUUGUUGAGAUCGUUGAAGAUUCGGCUGCAAACAUUUUUGUUGAAUUAGUAUUUAUUGAAAUCAUUUGCACAGCAUCGGUUGUAUUGAAUACGUUCAAAUUCUUAUUGGUCGACUUCCUCGUUUACGGUCAAGAUAGACCUUAAAAUAUCGGACUGUUAUUUUCAAUCUAAUUGUUAAAUAUUUUGUUGAAGCUUCAUAAAUCAAUAUAACAAAUAUUUUUACAUUAUCUACAAUCUAAUAAUUUUUUUAUAAAUCAUUUAACAUUAAAUUGACGUUUGACUUUUAUUUAUUUCCUAGUAAUUGUGCCUAAAUGAAUACGAUGAAUUAAUAUGCAGGCUUAGUAGUUCGAUCGUUAACGCUAGUACAAAUGAGACACUGAUUCGACAGGGAUAUACAUAAAUGUAAGUGAAACCGAAGACUGUUAAAAGUUUAUAGAUAUUUUGAAUCGUGAAAUAACAAUUUCCAAUGUUGUCUCGAAGUAAGGCAGCGAUAUAAACAUCUGUAUAUUCCAAUUUGGUACAAUUUACCAAUAUAGUCUUGUACCUUAUAAUUCUAAGUGUACUGUGUCAAUGUUCAUAUAUUAUGAUGUUAAAAGUUAGUCUUUAUGAGGUCUUAUUGAAUUAAAAUAUGCCAUACCUACAUUUAUAGGUUAAGGUUUUUAAUAGUUGAAACAUUUUCAAUCAGACCUCUCAUAAUUAGUUUAGUAUGUGUUUUGUAAAUAAUUUAUGUUAUUUUAUACGAGACGUUUACUGAAUAACAAUUUUUUAUCACCGACUGUAACAACCAUCAUACGUCUAAUUUCUUUUUAAAUCGCAUGUAAAUAUACCAAGAAUAUGGUGUAUUUGUAUUAUUCAAAUUAAAAUAAUAAUGCUACAUUAUAUCACUAUGAUUCAAUUAUAAUUUUACCACAUGUUUCAUUUUAUUACAAAUAAUAUUUCCAUUUGAAUUUAAUUUCUCAAUAACAAAUAAUAUUCACUAAACCGACUCACUUAUGUACUAAGUAAAUUAGUUCAGUACGCGUGAAUUUAUAUUGAGUUUUAAAAUGAUAUGUUUAAAUCAAACACAAAAUACAUUUUAAUAAUAGUUAUGUAAAAAUUUUUUUGUAGCAAACGAUUUAAUAUAUAUAACAUUGUCAAUUAUGUGCAAUUGUAUAGAUGAAUCAAUAGAUCCACAGAGUGUAAACUUUAAAAAAAUAUAUAUUGUCAGUGAGUUUUGACAAUUAAAAACUUAAAUCAGCCAUAUGAUGGAGAUUUGUUACUAUUUGUUUUGUAAAUACAUAUAUAAAUUUUGUAGACGUAUGAGAACAUGACACAUUAUUUUAUAACAAUUAUGUUGGUUGUUUGAUUAUUAUUGUUUUUAUUUCUAAAUAUUUUUAUGAAUGUAUGAUAUUUGUAUAAGGUUUUAAAUAUAUUUUAAGAAGAUAUCCAUGUUGUUGAUUAGUAUUAUGGAUGUUGAUUUACACCAUUUGCUAUGCAGUGAUAAUAAAUGGUACCAUGGA